CUAGUAGAGCUUCGUUCCGAUAAGAGCCCCUAUCAAGAAUACCGAUUUUCGUAAUAAUUUACCCGUGGAAUAUGAACAUGAGUGGUCGAAAAGCUUGAAGGAUUUGAUUUGUGAUUGGAUAGUGACAGUGGAAAGGGUUAAAACCACAUCCUUCAAGAAUCAAGUACCGCAUGAUGUCGCUGCUAAGUGUUACAGUAAAGAAAGCUCGUUUCGUUGGAAUUCAAGCACAACAAUUCAAUACCUACGUAACACUAAAAUUACAAAACGUUAAAUCUACAACGGUAACGGUGAAAGGAGCAACACCAUGCUGGGAGCAAGAUUUUUUAUUCGAGACCAAUAAUUUGGAUACUGGUCUACUUAUAGAAGUCUGGAGUAAAGGAAUGAUCUGGGAUAGAGCGAUAGGAUACCAUUGGAUACCAUUGCAAACAAUACAAUAUUCUAAUGAGGAAGGAAAUGGUCAAUGGAGAUCAUUGGAAGCCGAACUGGUUAUGAGAGAUGGUGAAGUCAUUGGUACUAAAAUGCCAACAGGUCACUCUCUUCUUCUAGAUUGCCGAUUCGAACUUCCUUUCGAUGCCGAGAAUAUAGAAGCUAUGGAUCUUCAACGAAAACUUGAAAUGCUCAACAAUAGCAUGAGCAUGGAGCAAGAAGGCAGGCUGGAUAAUUUCCGCAGGCAAAUGAUAUAUCUUGGACACUUACUGCAAGAGUUACAAGAAGAACACAUACAGAGAUUUCUAAGAAACGAAGUCGAUGUCCCAUUAUGUUCUUGAGGUUUACUUGAUAUAUGUGCUCUAUAAUUUCAUUUACUUGUUUGUUUGUCAGAAAUAAAUUGGUUCAAAUAU